UAUUCGACAUUAAAUUCUCUCAUCUACCUCUUUUAUAUCUUCUGUAUAUAAACACUCUUUCCUUGGUUCUUUUCUCGCAUUUUUUUCUUGAAUAUUAACCAUGACAAUAGAAUCAUCAUCUUCGAGUUCUACCCUGGAGCCACUAAUCUACAACGUGAAACUCUCAUCUGUCGGGCCGGGUGAAAUGACUCGGCCGGAUACGAUUCAUGAGCCAACGAGCAUUGAUUUAGCCAUGAAGCUUCAUUACCUCAAGGGUGUGUAUUAUUUCAAGAGCCAUGAAGCUUUUGCGAGCAUAACUAUUGUUCAAAUCAAAGAAGCCAUGUUCAGGUGGUUGUGCCAGUUUUAUGUCAUCUGCGGCCGCUUUCGAAGAUUCUCGGAGGAUUCCGGCAGGCCAUACCUCAAGUGCAAUGACUGCGGUGCUAGGCUCAUGGAAGCAGAGUGUGCAAAAACCAUAGAGGAAUGGCUGGAGCUUCUUAGUGAUGAUGACUCCCUUGAAAAGAAGCUCAUUUUUGGACAACCCAUUGGUCCCCAGAUCGAGUACUCUCCAAAUGUUUACUUACAGAUAACGAAGUUUAAGUGUGGAGGAAUAUCAUUGGGCUUAAGUUGGGCCCAUGUUCUAGGCGAUGUCCAUUUGGCUUCGUUCUUUAUCAAUACGUGGGGCAAGAUCAUGGCCGGUCAUAAACCAGGUUCACCUCCCGUUUUAGCCCAGUACACAAAAGAGGAAACGCCACCUGGUCAAAAACGGACACUUAAUGAACCACUUUCCAUUAAAUGGGUCGACCCGGUUGGGGACCAAUGGGUGCCUUCUCUUACCACAAAGAUGGAAUCAUUCUCCUUUCACAUUUCUGCCACACAAUUGGGCCGCUUGCAAUCCAAGGUGUCCGGCUCGAAGAAAUCCGACCCGGUUCCACCGUUCGAGUCACUUUGCGCAAUAAUUUGGCAAUGUGUGGCGAAGUUUAAAACCGGGACGGAGUCCAACGUGGUGACUAUAGUAAAACAUGAUUCAUGCAAAAAAAACAAGAAAUUCGAUAACGAAAAUCAAGUGAUUAGCAUAGUUAAAACGAAAUGCUCAGUCGUGGAAAGUGAUAUUGAAGAACUAGCGACGCUUGUUAUGAAAGGAGAUAUCCACGAACACGAAAAAUUAAAAAAUUGGGUGGAAAGUGAGAAGGGGGCAUUAGAUGUUAUAGUGUAUGGUGUAAAUUUGACAUUUGUGAGUUUUGAACAAGCCGCAUUUUAUGAACUGGAGUUGAAGGGACAAAACCCGGUCCAUGCAAGCUAUUGGGUUGAUGGCAUUGGCGACGGAGGGGCUGUUUUCGUGCUUCCGACAUCUAAAGACGACGGAAAAGGUCGAUUUGUGACGAUAACGUUGCCGGAGAAGGAGCUGAUCAAAGUGAAACAUGAGCUUAAAGAGAAUGUUUUACAAGCAUCUGAGUGAAAUAUAUAAGUGAUCGAGUGUGAUUUAUUCAAGCCUUUGGUAUCAUGAUCACGAAUGGAAUAAUUGAAAUGUGCGUCAAGUUUGUUAACACGUCAAACGCACAUUAGUAAAUGUCAGUGUGGAAUGUGUGCUUGUACAAUAAAUUUGAAAACAUUUUAUGUGGUUGGGUGUACAAUACUAGUGCUAUAUGACCUCAUAAUUGGUUUCCCAAAAGUUAAGAUACAUUUCUCUUUUA